AACUCCUCUUGACUUUUAUCAAACUUAUCAAACAUACCUCCUCAGCACCUGCUACAUAUACUCGCCUAAGUAACUGAAGUAGUCAUGCACACGGAUAACACAUCUGGUGAUCAGCUACCCUUCGACGAGCUUCCUAUAGAUGGUGCAGAUGAUUUGCCGACUGACGUAUCUGCCAACAUCCUAGACGGACCAUCCGAUCGCGAGAAUUGCAGUUCGGGUUCAUUGUUCCUCAACGUGGAGACCAAUCCAUCCAACGGCAUGCCUGCCGACGAAGCAAAAUUCGAGCAGCUGUCCUGCGUGGACAUUGAUCCCAUGGAAAUCCCACAACCUGACAUGGAUGACCUAUAUGGAGGUGAAGAGGGUACUGUCAAGCCUUGCAGGAAAGGCAUUCGGAUGAGCACGGAGGAUUCGGAUUCGUCCAAUUCCGUUAUCGACCCUUUUCCAGACACCACACUAGACCAGGGCGAUGUCCACUACCCAAUAAUCUCCCAUAGGCCCGUAUCUACGCAUAAAGGACUUUCAGAUAUACAACGGCGUCUAGAUGCUUUGGCGGACACUCUCAGAGCUACCAAGCCGAUUUCACCAGCGAAGGCGAGGAGCUAUAUGGAGAUGUCUACCCCCCCACCUUAUGACAGCGAAGCGGGACCCGCGAAUACGCACGAACAACUGUACGCUCGGACAGUGCCUGGCAACAACAACUUAGAAACGAUCCAAGCCACUGAGCCGUUUACCGAGUCGAACAUUCUCCCUUCGAUUGAGUCUACAUCGAUGGAAACGGACGAUCGUGUUAAUUCUCAAGGCGCCGAUUCGGAACUGUCGCAGACUACCCUGAAAUAUGGCAUCGAGAUCUACACAAGCAGUGCGGCCCGUACGGCAUAUGACAAGGCUCGGAGAGAAGCUUUCAGGCGAUAUCGACAGGAAAAAGGUUGCCCAUUUCUAGGCGACCGACUCUCGAAUUUUAUCGCCAAGAGACUAGCGGGAUACUUCUCGCCUAAAUUCUUUGGUUGA